AUGAACUGCAUUCUUGUAUUUAUACUCUUGGUGUGCACUUGUGUCUGCGUGACCCAUGGAUUAGGCGGAAAUAAUGGCGAAGGCUACGACUACACGUAUGGUGCUAAGCUGACAACUAGCACACUUAUCGCACGUGAGACUAUUUCCAAAAGUAAGACGCUGCUGCAGACAACAUCUAAGACAUACACGCUAACUCAGGCAGGAACGGCAAAAAAUAUCGACUACAUUAAUAUAACAAAUCUCAAAAAAAUGCGAGGAGCCACCGCUGAAAUUACGAGUGGCGGUGUAGGAUCAACAACAGUCACCGUGAAAUUUACCUCGGCACGGGGCAGUGGCAUUAAGUCUCAGAUUGAAAUUUGGGGUACAUAA